AUGGAAGGAAGUGGGCCGCCGUUCCGAGCGAUCCGGCGGAGCAAAGAUCAGGGAGGCCUUCUUACAUGUGCUAGUCAACCGGCGAGGCUCGCCCCCAUCCUUACCCUACUGUCGUUGCUGCUCAUUUCUUGUGGAGUCGGCAGCAUCCGCUGCUCCUCCUCAACGACGACAAUUCAUGAUAACAGCACGGACAUGAUGUCGCUGCUGGAUUUCAAGCGGGCCAUCACCAACGACUCAAGUCAAGCCUUGAGAUCUUGGCACGUCGGCGUCCCCCUUUGCGGAUGGAAGGGCGUCGUCUGCAGCGGCCCGAAGCAUCCUGGGGGAGUCAUGGGGCUGAACCUUAGGAACCUAUCAUUGUCAGGCACGAUUUCACCGUCGCUUGGGAAUCUAACAUUCCUUAGGAGACUGGACCUGUUCAGUAAUGGCUUCACCGGCGAGAUACCUCCUCUCAGCCGUCUCCAAAGAUUGGAGUACCUUGACUUGGGGUACAACUCACUGCGAGGGAUCAUUCCGGAUAACCUCACAAACUGCUCCAAUCUACGGGACUUAUCCCUGUCCCGCAACUUACUAAUAGGAGAAGUUCCCAGCGGUAUAGGCCGCCUAUCCAAUCUAGUGUCGUUACAGCUUGGAGGAAAUAAUCUCACUGGAGAAAUCCCACCAAGCCUAAAAAACAGCAGUCAACUUGAAAACAUCUGGCUUGCUGAUAAUAAGCUUGCCGGAACCAUUCCUGAUGAGUUGGGAAAACUACCAAAUCUUUCUGAUUUAGACCUUGAUGCAAAUCAGCUAUCAGGUGGAAUCCCAGAAACCCUGUACAAAUACAAUCGGUCUUCUCUCCAAUAUUUAACCUUAGGUUCCAAUAUGCUUGGGAAAACACUGCCAUCUAACUUUGGUGAUACCCCCCUGAAUCUUGAAGCCCUCGAAUUGGAGGAUAACAAUUUUGAAGGCCAUCUCCCAGCGUCACUAGGCAAUAUUUCAGGGCUAUUUUUGUUGGACAUGUCGUUCAACAAUUUCGUUGGUCAAGUUCCAAGUUCUUUUGGUAACUUUGGAACGUUGGAUUACCUAAACCUUCGGCAAAACAAUUUGUCGGGUUUCAUCCCAAUAGAGCUCGGCGGCUUAAAGCUGCUCAACCAUCUGGAUAUGUCUGAUAAUAGUCUGCAAAGUGGAGUGCCAUAA